GAUCGAUAAGAUAUUCCCAUGUCUCUUCGUUGAAUGUAUUGUGACCAUGAAACUUGAAAUUAUUCUGGUACUCAAAGAGCUGGCUCAUUGUCAAUGACAGUAUUACGAUGCAGGAGGACGAUCAAGCUCCUCGGAGACGGCGCUUCAAGAUACAAAGUGAGUUUGGCAGUUCCAGACAGUGGCGAAGUCGCAAAAGCCGCCCCUGCGAUGUAUGUCGAAAGCGAAAGACAGCAUGUGUGAUAGAAGAGCAGCCUCCAUGCCUUUUCUGCAAAGGGAGAAAUGUAACCUGCGAGUUCACCCCUGAAUCACUUCAAGAGCGUCAGCCUAGAAAAAGCAACAAACCUCACGAUGAGGAAGUAUCGCACACGGUGAUGUCAGAUGGCAACUCUACCUCUCCUCUCGACAGCAUCCCAUCGAUGCAAACCAGUCCUAGCGAAACUGGUCGCGCGUCUCUCUAUUCGCCUACUGCGUACUUGCGGAGCAUAGAUAUCAGAGGUGAUCAACCCAGAAGUGGCUUCAUAGCUGUUAACAGCCACGAACCCCAAGUCGGAGAGCCUGUCGUCCAAACACUAGAAGACGGAAAGGACAUGACAGCCCACUCUCUGGGUCUUUGCUCCGAACAAGAUGCAAAUCUCCUCGCUUCUUUCCGAUCUGUCAUCAUGAACGAGUCGAAUCGUAUCGCUGGAGACAUUAUGCAAGUGCAUCCUGGGGACUUUGAACGCGGUACACCUCCGGUACACUUCUUCAUUCUCCGAGAUUGGUUUAUGCCAUACGAUAACCGGAUCAAGGAUGAAGCUUCUCGGCUGAUAGAAUCUGUGGUAGAGCCGUAUGGUCCAGACCUGGUUCGACUAUAUUUCAAGCAUGUCCACACCGUUAAUUGUGUUGUGUCGAAAGUGCGUUUUCUUCGCGCCUAUAAAGAAGAUAGGCUGAGCAUUCCUGCGUCUCUUCGAGGCGCGAUCUAUGGUAUGGGAGGCGUCUUCUGGAACCAAGAUCCUGUGCUGAAAACAGUGACCCGAAAUUUUGAACAAUACGAACUGUUUCAAGCUGCUCAGGCCUCUCUGGAAAGGGAACUUGAAGCUCCCAAUCUUUGGAGGACUCAGGCUUGCCUACUGAUGAUUCACGAGAAGGCGGCUAACAACACCACAUUCGAGACCCCGCGAUUAUGGACACUUUCCGGUCUAGCAGUUUCAUGCGCGCAAAUGGUUGGUCUUCACCGGGAUCCAUCAGACUGGAAUAUUGCUCCAUGGGAGAAAAGUCUGCGGAAAAAGUUAUGGUGGUCAACUUACGUGACAGACAUGUGGACAUCUGUGUCACAUGGUAAUCCACCUCAUAUAUAUCGAGCUUCAUACACAACCGCAGAACUCAACAUGAAUGACCUGCAAGUUGAUGAAGAUGUUCCAGAAGACCUCGCAGAUAUGGUUGAUGAGACAAGUACUCUUUUCGAUGCCUCUACUGCAGCACGAUUUCUUGAGAUGGUGAAAUUGACGCAGAUAUUACACACAGUACUCGAAACAUCUUUUUUCGAUGAAAGUUAUCGUGACAUGAUGAUCAAUCCUUCAGAACAGGAGACCAAGCUUGUCGACAUUCAACGGCGUCUCCAAUCCUGGCAUUCCCUCGUUCCGCAUUGCGUAACGAUGGGCUACAACAGCAGCACGCACAGCUUCCAAAACAACGGCCCCCUACAUCUGGCAUACUUUGCCGUUCAAAUCAUCCUGUUCCGAGCAUUGAUGACACCGGCGUCUAUGGUAGCAAAAUACAGUCCAAAAUCAUCCCUUCAACGCUACUUUGGUGCGGCAAUGGGUCAAGUCGGCGUCUUUCUUGCCUUUAUGGACGGACUCACUCCAGAAGAUCUUCGAGCAUUCUGGGGUCGACAUGGACGUUCUCAACUCAUCCUGAUCGGCAAUUUUCUGAUCUACGUUUUCCUCCUAUCUUCUAAUCCGGAGCAAGUCCGUGCCACUUUCCGACUUCUAGAGCGGUUCCAUGAAUCACUUCAACGAAUAGGCGAGUACGUGGAUGAAGAGUCAGUAUGUCUGAUUCGACCAGUGGCAUUGCGAAUCGAUUCCUUUUUCACCCAGGCAGCAAAGAUCAUGAGAAGAGGUUCAGCUUCUGGAUCAUACACGGCCGGCAGCGUCGUGAGUACAUCACCUUGAGCGUAGUCCGAGCAGUAUACUCUACUUUGAGAUCGUCUACAGUUCCCCUUUGCGUCGAACAGGGUAUGAC